GGCUCUUUCCUUCUUUCUAAAGUGCUCCCUCUUGAGUCCCUCCCAUGUCUUUAACCCAGCACGUUCAAUGGAGAACCGGUAGUGACUUUCUAGUUACCCUUAGUGUUCCCACGUGCCCCUUGGGCCACUCCCUCUUCCCCAACUUUUUUUCGGACUCGCGGUGGGCUUGGAGUGGUUGCCAUGGAGACGGGGCUGCUGCUGCUGCUGUUGCUGGGACUGUGCGGCCUGGGCAGGGCCGCCAACGCCACUCUACCACGACCCCCUAACUUGGUCUUGCUGUUGAUGGACGAUAUGGGCUGGGGUGACCUAGGUGUGUUUGGGCAUCCUUCCAAAGAAACCCCAAAUUUAGACCAGAUGGCUGCAGAAGGAAUGCUUUUCCCAAGCUUCUACACUGCCAACCCUCUCUGUUCUCCAUCAAGAGCAGCACUCUUAACUGGUCGUCUCCCCAUCAGGAAUGGCUUCUACACCACAAAUGCCCAUGCCAGAAAUGCCUACACCCCCCAGGUCAUAACAGGGGGCAUCCCAGACUCUGAGCUCCUCCUUCCAGAAUUGCUGAAGAAAACAGGCUAUGUCAAUAAGAUCGUUGGCAAAUGGCACCUUGGCCACAGACCUGAGUUCCAUCCCUUGAGGCAUGGAUUUGAUGAGUGGUUUGGAUCCCCUAAUUGCCAUUUUGGACCUUACGAUAACAAGGCAGCGCCUAACAUCCCUAUUUACAGGGACUGGGAAAUGAUUGGCAGGUAUUACGAAGAUGUAAAAAUUGACCAUAAGACGGGGGAAGCCAACCUAACUCAAAUGUACUUACAGGAAGCCCUUGAUUUCAUUAGCACACAGCAUGCCAGCCAACAGCCGUUCUUUCUGUAUUGGGCAAUCGAUGCUACUCACGCGCCUGUGUAUGCCUCCAGGGAGUUCUUGGGCACUAGCCAACGAGGGCUGUAUGGUGAUGCAGUGCGAGAAAUUGACAACAGCAUUGGGAAAAUACUGAGUCGCCUUCAAAAGCUGGGCAUAAGCAACAACACCUUUGUAUUUUUCACAUCUGACAACGGUGCUGCCCUUGUUUCCGGUCCCGAUCAAGCUGGUAGCAAUGGCCCUUUCCUAUGUGGCAAGCAAACUACCUUUGAAGGUGGCAUGAGAGAGCCAGCAAUUGCCUGGUGGCCAGGACAUGUACCUGCUGGGCAGGUGAGUCAUCAGCUGGCAAGCGUGAUGGAUCUCUUCACCACCAGCCUCGCAUUGGCAGGACUGCAGCCUCCCAGUGACAGACAGAUCGACGGAAUCGACCUUUCGCCUGUCAUCCUGCAAGGCAAGUUAAUUGACAGGCCAAUAUUUUAUUACCGUGGCAACGAGAUGAUGGCAAUACGGGUUGGGCCUUAUAAGGCCCAUUACUGGACCUGGAGCAAUUCCUGGGAGCAAUUCAGCCAGGGCAUUGAUUUCUGCCCCGGCCAAAAUGUUUCUGGAGUAACGACCCAUGACCAAGAGGAGCACUCCAAGCUUCCACUUCUGUUUCACUUGGGAAAGGACCCUGGGGAAAAGUAUCCAAUAAGUUUUUCAAGUGCUGAAUACCAAAGUGUUAUAGAAAGAAUCUCCCCCAUCGUUGAGCAGCACAAGGAGACAUUGCUACCUGGGCAGCCUCAGCUCAACGUCUGUGACAAGGCGGUCAUGAAUUGGGCUCCUCCAGGCUGUGAGAAGAUAGGAAAGUGUUUGAAGGCUCCCAGCCCCAACCCUCAAAAAUGCUUUUGGCCCCACUGAGCAUCUCAUGCCUGACCUGCUGGAGACAAAGCCGCUGUGGAUCAUUUCUUCAGAAAAGGGGCAUUGUGGGAAGAAGCCCAGAAGAGCUGCUUUUAUCUACUAAAAGUGGUGUUUCCCUCCUCUCUUUCUCAGGGUUACAGCAGUAAAUCUAUAUGAAUUCAGCCUCUCAGUACAGACAGGGCCCAAGGUACUGUGGGCUUAAGACUAUUUCAAAUAUUAGGGCUGGGGAGCCUGCCUUAGUCCUUUGCUACUCAUAAGUUCCUUUGAGACUGAGCCCUCAGUUAUCAGUUGUGAUAAUCUCUCACAGCAUUCUGCUCCCCUCCCACUGCCUAGAAUUGGAAGUUUGUCCUGGAGCUCAGGUAUCUUUCUGGACCUGAUGAGGCAGAGCAUCUUUGUGCCAUCUAAAAAUUGUUAAGCGCUGAUGCCAGUAUUCAGCGGCUCCAGCGAAUGUACAGUGUUACUUAAACGUGCUUGGAAGUUGGAGCAAAGACUGCUGCUCACUGCAUGCAGUGCCAGCAACAUUACAGUCUAUUGGCUAUAGUGUCUCCCAUACCCUCUGCAGGCCAGCUUUGGCAGGUGGGCGGGACUACCCACCUGUCAAUCACCAAACAUCAUAAUGGUGUCAAAGUUUAAAGGAGGUUGUUGCAUCCUCCUUUGAGGAUGUUAUUCCAGCACUAAUCAGCUGAUUGGCACUGGAAGUGCAAUGAA